AUGCCUUUGCAGGGAUCGGAUCGUGACCUCAAACGACGUCGAAUCGCGAUCGCGUGCAAUGAGUGUCGCGACCGGAAGAGAAAAUGCGACGGGGUCAGACCUGUCUGCGGCUCCUGUGCCAAACGAUCUUCUCCAGACUGCGUCUGGGAAGAGGGCAGGAGUGCCAAGGGGUGGAGUAACAGUUACGUGGAGUCACUGAGAUGUCGAAUUCAAGAACUAGAGAACAGUCGCCAGGCCAUUGCUGACACACCUAGUGUCGCCAUCUCAUCUACCAAAUCGGCUAAUCAGGACGACCCUGAAAUUACACCUGAAGUCUCGGCCCUAGGAUUCGUAGAAGAAGAAAGUGACGGGUCCGGAGUUCCUACGCAUCAUCAACAGUUUGUACCGUCUGAAGCGGUUGAUAUUUCGAAGGCAAACAGCCAUGUCUUGAGCACAAAUAAAACUACCUACGUGUCGGCUGCCAUGGGAUUCCAGGACGCCAAGGGGCCAGCGUCGUUGGACAAUCGUACCCCUAUGGAAGGCUAUGAGGGUGAUGAUGAGUCUGCAAUUGAUGCAAUGGGUGUUUUUGGGUCCGUCGGCCGUCGAGAGAGCCAGGGGCCUGACUUCUUUGGCCCUUCUAGCACCCUUAGCUUUCUUUGCCAGGCCCGUCGGGCCAUGAGUCGAAGCGAGGUUUCCCCGAACUGCGAUCGGCAGAAGAAUGCCAUGCUAGACUUCUUCCAGGAUGAAGCUAUCUCUGUAGGAGAGAAAUCUCGUUCUCCAUCAUUCGAAGCGUCCAAGAACAGAUUCAGCCUCGCCGGACAUCGGCUCAUCAUUCCACCAAGAAACCAGGCUGAUGCGUUGCUCGAAAGUUACUGGAUCAAAUUUCAUUCUCUGUAUCCGUUCCUGCACCGUCAAUCAUUUACCAAAAAGUAUCUCACUCUCUGGACACCUUCUUUUACUUACCAUUCCGCGCAGAUACCUCAAUCGCAACGGGAUAGAGUUUUUGCGCUGGGAUCUCAGUUUGACACCAUAGGGGAGGGCGGCGAUCGAAGUGAGCUUGGAUCGGCCUUCUUUGGGCGAGCUAAAGCUCUCAUAGACUUUGAUAUGCUUGCCCAAGGAAAUAUAUAUCUGGUCCAGAUACUCAUUCUCAUGGGUCAAUAUCUUCAGAGCACGGACAUGACGAGUGCGUGCUGGAACAUAGUGGGCCUCGCUAUUCGCGUUGCGCAAGGGAUUGGCCUUCAUCACGAACCGGAAUACUGCGAUCAGGGAUGCUGUUCCAAAGGCAACCUGAACCAAGUGGAGACUGAGAUGCGAAGACGAGCUUGGACUGGAUGCAUGAUUCUUGACAGAGUCUUAUCUAUGACUUACGGGCGACCUCUGAUGAUCCAGCCUGUUGUGUCUAAAGGAAGUGCUGCCCCAUCGGCGAUAGAUGAUGAGUUUUUGAGCCAGGACCCCACAACACCCGCAGCACAACCCCAAGAUGUUCCCAGCUUGACAGAAUGCUACGUCCAAUCUAUCAAAUUGCAGAAUAUUAUUGGUGAAGUUCUAUGGACCUUAUACUACGGGAGUGGUAACAAGGGAAACGGAAAGCUUGACAUCAAUAUUAAUCUCAUUGGAGCGUCCAUGGGAAACGACAAGCUCAAAAGUGGUGAUAUACAAAUUUUGCUCAAUAUCGACAAGUCACUGUGUGCCUGGAGCCAAAACUUGCCCGCUUGGCUGAAACCCCAGAAUUACAAUCCAAGGACCUUGGCGAACGAGUCGUUCGGGCGCAGAACCGCUAAAUUUUACAGACAAGCAACCAUUCUACAUGCAAGGUAUCUCCAUGUGCGGUUGAUCAUGUUCCGGCCGGUAUUAUCGGCGCUCCUCCAUUUGAGUAGUGGCGGCCCACACUCCGAACCAGACAAUUCGAUGGAGUCGGUGAUGCACCAAAGUAUGCUGGAGCAAGGUGUCAACCUGUGUGUUUCGUCAGCUUGUGACCUUGUCGAACUGAUCACUGAUAACCUUGAAAUCUAUAAUGAUAUCCUUCCGCCACCAUGGCACAAUGUUUUCUUUGCGCUAUUGUCUUUCUUAUCUGUCGUUUGUGUUGCCUCGAUCGAAUUGAACAUUACAAAGCCGAUCUGCAAGGAGAUGUUUAAGGCUGUUCGAGGCCGUUCAAGCAAAGAUUUUUCCCUCGCAAACCGGCACGAUGUGCCAGCAAAUUUGAACUGGGGCCAAAAUUCACCACUACUGCACGAGAAUUCCCAAAAGUCCUUUGACAAUGCCAUAUUUUCCGAUGAAGGGACUGCAAAUUGGAUAAAUGAUCCUUCCGAGAUAAAUUGGCUCUCGGUAUUCCCAUUUGUUGAGGGCUUUAAGGAUGGUGUUCCGUUUUAA